AUGCCCGAACUUAGCCAGGUUAUGGGUCAAUAAAUAGGCAUGAGAGUCAUUAAGCUGGAGGAGGAGGAGUUGGUGGUUCAUACACCAUCAGUAGAACAGAACUCAUCUAAGUAAACAGUAAUUUCAUCAAGCAGUCAUUCACCCUAGGAUUGCAAGUUAUUUUUUGAGAGUCCGUCAAAAUAUGUAUCACUUAAAAAGCAUAGACUAUAAAAUGAAGAUUUUUAAUACAAUCCCGAAUCACUUAGCAGUAGUGGUUCAUCUAACCCGAUUUUAGCUUCAAACGAUAAUGCUACAAUCGCCGUUAACAAUAGUAAAACAGGAGAAUAAGCCAUUGAGAAUUCUAGUACUCCAAUAAAAUAUACUAAUAAUGAAAAUGUGUUUGGAGGUAAAGUAGAAAAAGGUCUUGGCAUUAGAUAAUGGUUUGAACAGCUGUCUCUAGCAGACAAAAGCAUUGUUCUUACUGUGGUUGACAAGCAACUCGUCAAUCUCAUAGUGAACAUGUACCAAUGCUCUUAGAACCAUCAAACUGGAAAAUUUACCAAUUAAAUAUAUCCAAAUAUAAGGCCAAACGAAUAUGAUAGAUUAAGACCCUACAAUAUUUUGUAUAAAGGCUAGAAUCUAUCCAUAACUUAUGAGAGUAAGUCUAGCUACCUUCAACAAUACUUUAUUGCAGAGUAAGAGCUGAGGAAUUCUAUCAGACUGCUCAACCUCAACCAUCGAGAAGAGUAAAGAAUUGCUAAUGAAAAUAAGAUAAAGCAGUUGCAGCAAUAGAGAAAGCAGAGUAGUAAGAGUGUGAAGAGUCAAGCAGAUUUAAAGAAGAUUAGAAUAUAUGACGCAUUCACUCUAGAUCUCAAACUAAUCUUGAACACUCAAUUUUUCUUUCAAAUAAUGAACAAAAUUAAUCAGAACUAAGAUAACUUUCUGAAAAAUGAACUACACAAUGGGUAGGAUGAUCCAACUGCAGGACAUUAUGAAAACCGGAAAGAGACCGAAAAGCCUAGGAAAUUUUACACAAUUAUUCCAUCAGCUUCGAAUUACGCCUGCAGAGAUAAAACCGGGGAGUUCUCACUCGCUUAGUGUCUCUAUACAAUCUUUGAAAAGGCAAUUAAUGUGCAGUAUUUGGACUACUUAGGCAAACUGAACCAAGAUCAUCAGAAUUUCUUCUUCACUACUCCUUAGUUUGACAUAUUCACUUAUGAUAUGAAGUUAUCUUACUUUUGGCUUAGUAUGGACAGUGAAAAAAGAAAAAAGGCAAUAAAAAAUUUGGACGAACUUGAGAAGAAAAUUGAAAGCGAGAUACAUACAAAGACUUAUUAAUUUGAAGGAAUUAAAGAGUUAAACGAAGAAUAUGAAAGCAGCAGUAACUACAAUUCAAACAACCGAAAAAGAGAUGAGGAAAACACCCCUUAUUUUUAUAGCAAUACUAAUGCCAUCAAAUCUUAGAGAAGUCAAAGCAAUUCAGCUUAUUCAGAUAAUUUUGAGAAUGAUGAUGAAGAAUUAGAAUCUGAUUUGGAAUAAUAAACUUCAAACUAGCUCUCUAGAUUUAGGCCCAAAAAUUAAAAUUCCUAAAGCUAAGCUUAGAUAUAACAGAAAAAGAUAAUUGAGAGAAAUUAAAAUGACUAUGCUCUGAGUAAAAGAUAAUAGGAGUUAUAUGGCAGAUAUACAGAAAACAAAGCUAAUGGUAAACUUACUCUCAAAGAUUAAUACUCCAAAUACCGAAAUGAUGAAGAUGAUGAAUCAAAUUAAAAUAACAUGGACCAUGAUGAGGAUUUUUCUAUAGAAGCAGGUUAAUAAGAAAGAACAAAGAAUCAUCUAAAGAUAACCAAUAAUUACUUUAAAACAGCUAAGACUAAAAUAUUAGUUGAUUCAAAUCAAGCACAAGAUUUAGCAAAGAUACCAUUAGAGUUCUAUCAGCAACUAAUACAGCUCUAUGAGAAAAGUGUAUUUGAAGAUCUGAUGAAUUACGACGAUUCAAAAACUAAUAAUAACGGAAACGGCCAAUCUUCAGGAGGAAAUAAAAAUUAGAAAGCAAUUACAAACGCAUCUUCAAAUGAAAGUAAAGUCUAGUUGCAAUCUAAAAAAUCAACCCAAGAGGAUAAAAAGGAUAUAAACAGUGAAGAUAAGUCAUUAUAAGGAGUAGGGUCAAAUCCAUCCAAAAAAAAUAAGAAGAAAAAGAACAAGAAUAAAAACAAAGGAUCGAAAGAGACUACUGCCUCAGUAGUAAUUGAAUAGGAUAAGAUAUAGAAUUAAAUCUCAAGAGUUGAACUAAAGCCAGAGUCUAUUUCUGAAUCUAAGAUUUAAAUCUUAUAAGAAUAAAGGCAGUUAGAGCUGGUAAAGAAACUGAUGAAAAAUACCUCUUUUGACAAUCAAGAGUUAUCAGAGAAAAUUCAAAUGAUAAGAUAAGAAGAGGAGAUGAAUUAAAGAAGGAUUGAGGAGGCUCGAUCAUUACUCACUGGAGAAGUGUAGUAUCAUAAAUUGAGUGAUGGCGAAUACGGAAUCUAUUAGCCUCCUAAAAUUUAAGAUAUUGAGACUAAUGCUUCACAAAAUACAGAUAAUCAAUAAGAUGCUUAAAAGAAGAAGAAAAAGAAAAGGAAGAACAACAAACAUAAGAAUAAAAAUAAUGCUAAAGCCCCUGUUUAGCAGCCAGAAAAUAAUUAUGAGAAGAAUAUAAAAAUCGUUUAAGAAGCUAGAAAUAAAAUUGCUGAGAUCCUCAGUCAAGAAGAUAUGGAUGAUAACAAUGAUAUACUUAAGUCUGUUCAUGAGAUUCUCUAAAACAUAGAUGAGGUUGAUGAAAUUGAGAGUAUAAAUCUUGACUAAAUAGAGAUUAAUGUGAAAAACGAGGAUGAGGAUUAGAAUAAUGAUGAGCAUAUCGAAAACUUAAUAUAGAUGGUAGAGGAGAAAAAGUUUAACAACUACUUACUGGAGGUCAAAGAUGAAAACUAAACACCAGUCUAGGUUCUAAGCAAUGAAGACACUUUGGAAGAGGACGAGACUAAAAACUUAGCAAGAGAUAUCACUGCUGAUAUUUGCAAGAAAGUGAUAUUCGCUGCAAACAGCAACUUGGAAGAUGAGUAAGAAGAAAUCAUUCAUUAAACUGCUAAAAAAGAUAACAAUAGCAAGAAAAACAGAAGAAAUUCUAAUAAAAUGAAACAACUCUUAAAAUCAGACCCUCAAAAUACAAAAAAUUAGCCUUAUCCAUAACUAUACACAAAUAUGCAAUUCCUGGAGCACCCACAAAGCCCGAGAAGCAACUCAAAAAAGCACGUUGAAUUCAAGAUUCCCAUUGAUGAAAAUGAAGAGGAAAUUAAGAUACCUAAGAGAGGUAGCAGCAGAGGUUCUAGUGUUGGAACUGAAGACGUGAUUCACUAGCAUACCUUAAGUAGUCUAGGUGAAUUGUUCCCAUCAGAGUAUAAGAAUCCAUCUGAUGAUACUAAAAUUAAGAUAAUUGAAAUCACAACAUCAAGCAAUAAUUCUAGCGUCAGCCCCAGAAGAAGUUUUGAAACAUAAGCUAAAGUCUAAACUACUGAAAUAGUAAAAAAAUAGUCAAGCUAUAAUUAACAGUCUUAAAAUCAAGCGUAGCUCACCAAGUAAAAUAGCUAACCUUAAAAAUAGCCAGAAAAUUUGAGCAUAUAGAAUAAAAAGAGAAAUAGUUAGCAUUAGUCUAGAAAAACUUAUGAAGAAAGUAAAGAUUACCAUAAUCAUCAUUACACGGAUAAUACUUAAUAUUAAUAGACAAAUACACAAAGAAAAGAUUUAAAGAAAGAUAAUCUUAACGUAAAUUAGCAGAAUAAUCAAAUUAAUCAAGAGCAAAAGAAAGCAUCACCAUAAACGUAAAGGACUAAAAAGGAUAAGAACUAGAAUUAAAAUAAACAGAGUAUUUUACAAGCAAACUUUGAUAGCUAUCAAUCUAUGUUUUAAACAGCUUAUAAUGAUAAUCCUAAAAAUGAUAAUAGGUAAAAUCAUAACCAUGGACCUAAUCAACAUAAUGAUAAUAAAUAAUAGUUAUAUAAUCAGAAAAACAUUUCAAAGAAAAAUAGUUAGACUAGUCAAAACUAACCAUCUGAAUAAAAAACAGAAGAAAUAUCAUAAUAGAUAGAAGAGAGAAAGUAAGAUGUGACUGAUGAAUUAGUAUAAGUGGGAUAAUUGGAUUAAACUCAGCAGAAUCAAAUCCAAACAGUCUAAAACACAUAGGAUGUCUAGCCACAACCUUAGAUUGUUAUAAAUUAACCCCUAAUCAAUCUCAAAAAGCCUAAGAAGCCUAGAUAAGAAAACAGAGAUCUCAGAGAGCAGGGUAUCAGUGUUAACCCAGAUAUUCUCAUGAGUGUGAAUAAGAAAAAUCAACAAGCUCAAUAAAACAACAAUAAUAAUAAUAAUAGUAAUAGCAAUAACUUAAACUAAAACUUGAGCCACAACAAAAAGUAAAUUAAGGCUAAGCCUUUCAAAGCAUAGCAAUUAUCAAGUUCAUUAAAUCAAUAAAUGCUUAAUCUAAUGCCCUUGGAAUAAAGAAGCUAGACACCCAUAGUUGAGUAAACAAAUGAACCGCUCACCGGCUACAGCGCUAAACACUCAAAUCAGCAUAAUAACAAUCUUAAUAAUAAUCAAAACAACUUUUAGAAAAAACAAAAUCAAAAUCAUAAGUAAUUUAGCUCAAAUAACUAAGGAAAUAACUAAUCAUCUAAUAACAAUAAAGGCCACCAUAAGAAGAAGAGUUCAAAUUUAGGCUAUCAUUAAUAGUAAUCACUAUAAAACUAACAAAUAUAAUUCUAAUAGUAAUAAAAUCAUUUGCUAUCACCGCAGUUGAACUAAUUUUUGACAUUUGAAUAGGCAUAGAUACAAUAGCAACAGCAAUAAUAGCUGCUUAACUAAAGUAUCAUGAAUUUAGCUUAAGUUCAAAAUACUCAGCAAAUGUUACAACCACCUUAGCUAUUCUAGCCUCCUCAGUUAAAUCCUCAAAUGUACUUCAAUCCAUUAAUGCAUCAAAAUUAAGGAUUUUUGUUACCACCACCUUCUCCAACUUAAUAAAUCCCUGGCUAAUAAUAGCUGAUUCCAACUUCACUAUCCCCUUAACCUAAUUAAACACCUUAACAGUUGUUUAAUCAACAUUAGUUCAUUUACCCUUUCCAGCAGUAACUAGUUUUUCCUAAAUUUUAAAGUACGUAAGAGACUCAAACAGAACAAAAUGUCUAGGAUGGAUAGGGAAUCAACAAAGAUAAUAUAUAAAUGGGGUCAGGAGGCCAAAAAGAAUAAGGCUUGAAUCAAUAGUAAUUAUAAAAUUAGUAGAAUCAAAAUCUUUAGACAAUGAUUAACUAAAUCCAAAACAUCAAUAAUGAUUACUCGAUGAAUAUCAACAUCUAAGUUUAUCAAAUGCCCUUCCAAACUCAGCCCUUCAAUAUUUUUAACAACUUCAAUUAAGGAAUGAUUGAAUAGCAAUUGAACCCUUAAUAUAAUCCCUUUAUGAUGUAAAACUUGCCUAAUUAGUUAUUCAAUCCAGCCACUGGUUUCCCUUAACCUACCCCCUUUAUACCUUAGAUUAGCUCACCUUUGAUAAUGCCAACUUAAAACUAGUCCUUUAGCCCUCUUAAUUAGGCACCCUAAACUUCUUAAUUUAACCAACCAUUUACCAAUUUCUAGAUGAAUAACACACCUAGAAAUGUAAGUCACCAAACCCUUGAUCAAUAUAAGAAUCAAAAUAGAGAGGAGUUAUUCUUUAAGAAGUUCGACAGAGAAAUAUACAAAUUAUAAAUCAAACAAUAGAUGAAACUAUAAAAGACUGAGCACGAAAGGUAAACUGCUUUUAAGAUUAUUGAGCAAUUCGUUAAAGAAGCUUAUUAAGGUAAAGCAUUAAUUAUAUAAUACAUUUUAGAAUAUGUGGAUGUUAAGAUUCAAAUGUAUGGAUCAAUGGCAACUGGACUAGCAAUAGAUUCAUCUGAUAUGGAUGUGCUAGUCUCAGGUGUCUUUAACUAAGAAGGAGGUGUAAUUGACAGGUUGAAUCUUAUUGAGCAGAUGAAGAGACUUCAUAAAUAGCUUAAUAAAUUGUACUGUCUAGAAAGCAACUCUAUAAUAGAAACAGCCACUGUGCCAGUUAUCAAGAUUGUAAGAAAUCAAACUUUAAUUAAAAUUUAGAUAAUUGACUUACAAAAAAUAAGAGAUGCUCAGAGUAAUGGCCAUCAUGAGUCAGUUGCAAUAGAAGAAGACAUGAAGCAUCUUAAAAUAGAUAUAACAUUUAACGACCAAGAAAAUGAGCAGAAUAUCAAUGGAGUCAAUUUUGCGUAGCCAUUGCAUUUAGGCAUCAAAUGCUGUCAUUACAUCAAGUAAAAAUUAAGUGAAUAUCCCCAACUUCAAUCACUAUCCUUGCUACUCAAAAAAUUCCUGGCUCUCAGAGAUUUGAAUUCCCCUUUCCUAGCUUUUAUAAACUAAGACUUGCCGCAGACAUAUGAUCCUUCAACUGAUAUGCUAUCACCAGCAAGAAUAUUUACAUAAUUCCUGAUUUACUUUGGCCGUAUAUUUGACGUUAAGCUUUCAAUGAUCAAUGAGUACUAGCAAAUCGUACCACUUCCAUUCCUCACUUUUUCCUCUGUCCUCAUAAUUCUUGAUCCACUAAAUACAAAUAACAACAUCGGAAAGUCAACUUAUAAUUUUGACUAGAUUCGUAAUGAAUUCACCAGUGCAUAUGAGAAGAUACUUACUAUGCAUAAAGAGUUCAUUGAAAACAAGGAUGGUUUAGAGAGUAUUGAAAGUGAGAUCGAGGAGUUUAAAAGCUAAAAGCUUAGCAUUCUCAAUAAGGUAUUGUAUGAUGAAUUUCAGGAAAAUGAGUUAUGUUUAUGA